AACCUGGGCUUCAAAGUGAUCAAAAUAAAAGCGACCUAAGGGCCAACUUUUUGCCAUCUCAUCCGCUAUCCCGUCCGCAGUUGUUUCGUAAUGUGGGAAUGAUUGUUAUUUUUAUCGCAAAUGUAUUCGAUGUUAUAGUUGGUGGUAUUAGGUGGCCUUUAAGCAGCAUGUCAGGGGGAGGAGAGGGUACCGGUGAUGAACAAGCCGCACAACGUUGACAGAGAGAGAGAGAGCGAGUGCGGGAAGUGGCUGCACCGCUACUUAUUUUGACGGCCAUGUGAUCCUGCGACAGCCAGAUCGAUUGGAGAAGCGGGAAGCACGGGAGGGGGAAGGAAGCUCGGACAUCGGCGGGGCGGGGGAGGCGGAACAUACAGCAACCCUCAGCUUGUGUUUUUUUUGAAAAAGCGCACGAGUAUCGCGGAGGCUGCUCCUUCCUCCGAUCGCCUGCAAGAAGACUCGCACCUGGAAAUCAAACUUCAGCCGUAGACCGUGGAGCGGCAACUUCUUCCAAGUGCCCGCCUAACCCCGCCACUCCUCCCCGCUUCUCCGCAAAUCACGUAGCGAGCAGCAGGGACCAGUUACUGCCCGAGGAAAAAGCCCCCGCCACCUUUCAAUGCAGCGCUCUCCCAGAGCCGAGGCAUCGUGAUGGAGAAAGAUGUCUUUCUUCUUGUUCAGCUUUUAGCUCUCGCUGUUUGGGGUAAUAGUUUGUUGACAUCAAGCCUUUCAGCCAAGAACAAUACAAACCUGCAUAAUCAGCCACAAACAAGCCAGUCAGAGGGGAAAACAAAACGGAUCUGUAACGAGACUCUUAUGUUGGAAGUGGUGCACUUGUGUGGAUAUCACUUUGAAAGCCAACUUAACAGAAUGAAUUCCAGUGACUGGUGCAACUUCACACUCAUUGCUGGCUAUUACGAUAUUUUCUCAGAGUGCACAGAGUCCUUAACAGAAAAGGUUGACUGCUUCUGGCCGAAUCCACAAGUGGAAAACUAUGUAAUUAAUAUCCAUAAACUUUUCUUUUCAAACUGUACUUUGGAGAUGAUAAUCUUCCAGGACCCUCCUGACAAGAUCCUCAUUAUCCUCAUCACAGUGCCUAUUUUACUAACCAUUGUAAUGAUAGCCUUGGUGGUGUGGUGUAGUAAGAGGAAUGAUAUACUGGUGUAGAUUUAAGAAUGCAUCUUGGACAGCAAAUCAAAACUACUAUUUUGCAAACACGCUAUCUUAAUGUGAUUUGAGUCAAUUCCACUGGCAAUGUCUAGAUUGUUGUUCAUCAGCUUCAGUUGGAAGGGGAUAUGGUCCAGUGGUGAUCUCAGAACAGGCACCUGCACCAAGAUAGGUUAAAGCCAUGGACCUUAACUGGGAAGAAACAGUGUCUGAUUUACUCAAUAGCAAAAAGUUGACCCACUGGACUCAAAUGAACAUGCUUAAACUGUGUUACAAACUCAUAUGGCUCAACAACCUAGCUCUGUUUUAUCAAACUCAUACACUUCACUGGAUAACCAAUUAUAUUCGCUAGCCAACGUCGCAAAUUAAAGUUGUAACUACCCAAAUCUAUGUUACAAUAAAUUAUGAAGCCAGCUAUGUAAAGAUGAGAAGGAACAUCUUUGGACACAAUCACAUGAAGAAGGAAUCAGCACUUAAUGAAACAAACUUUUCUAAUCUACUCAAGAUGAUUUCUCGGAGUUGGAGCGUGUGGAGCGAGCUCCAGGAAGGAUGUUGAGAGUGCUUCCCAGAGAAGGAGAAGAAUGAAAGGAAAUGGCUGACUGUGCUUUCGUCAGGAGUGGUACGGGAACUGGCAAGAGCUCUGCAUUUCCUAAGCUCUCUCUUAUGACUUAAAAUUAAAUAUGCUGCUCAUCUCCUCCCAGUUUGUUUUGCGGCAGAGGAGAAAUUACAACGGUUGUCAUGCGACAAACAUUAUGCUAUUAAGAUCUUAGUAUUAAACAGACAUUAGGAAAAUAGGUAAUUGUUACGACAAAAUGAACAAUGGUCAGAAUACAAUAGAUGUGCCCCAGUCUGUGAUUGCUGUGAUGUAGUAGAAGUGAAGAUUGCUGUGCUGUAUCCUAUUUUUUGUCUGAAAUGACAUAUACCUGUUUAUGUAUAUUUUAAGUUGAUGACCUCUUCAAACAAUGGUAGGAAAUUAGAGUGUUCCACUUAAAGCUAAAACAUGCUUUUUGGUAAGUUCCUGACACCCAGGCUGCACAUCACUGCACAACAUCUCAUUUAACAUGUUCAGUCAUUCUCAAAACAGCUAACAAAAGUUUUUUUUUGAAAAACAACCUUUGCUGCGAAAAGCAUGGGCCAAUGAUCCUGGUAAUUACACUUCGAUUACUCUGCCAGUUAAGUCCUGUUGCUGAACCUUGAAUGCAUUCUAGCCUAUCAGGUCAGGGACAAUGUUGCCUCUAAUUCUUUUUAGAGUGUGUGGGCAAUUUGUACAAGUGCACAUGCCCCUUAAUUUUUUUUGCAUGGCUGUACACGUGCAUCAAUGUAAAGGGGUCAACUUGUGCACGGCCUGCGUGGCCACUUUCAGGUUAAUGCAUGUCCUUAGAAGGAGCAUUGGUCAGGAAGAGGUUACCUAGUUUAAAUUGCAUUGAAGGACAUCCAAGCCACAGGAGAUGCAUAUUCAGUAUCUGUCUUCCACCAGAGAUUGCGUUUUGCUGAACCAUCACACAGGAUCUUUGUAAGCGGUUUGAGAUUUCUCUUAAUCCAGGCCAUACAAUUGCCAUUUUGGAGGGCAUUCAGAUGGGACAUAGCAGUCAUGGGACCUGCUCAGCCUGGAAUCAGGAAUGCUUCCAAUGUAGCGAGUCUCUGCCCCCACAUGAACCUGGUCACACCCCCACCACAUCAGUGGUCUUGCUUGGGACACAUGGAGGUUCCACUCCCCAAAAAGACCGAAAGAAACAUCAGGGAAGGGUUAGAACCCAGAGUAUUCAGGACUUUAUCUAAUUUUCAGCCAUUCCAUCGUACUCCACUUCCAACCAUGCUGACAUUGGAAUUGCAUAGAAGGGUUGAGGAUUUUUGGUGUCUUUAACUUUGGUGUCAAUAUUGAACAUAUGUCCAGUGAGUGAGAAAAUCCGUUGCCUUUUACAAAAUUCUAAAUUACAAUUUAAAGACAUUUGGUAUGUUUUUGUUCUAAUUUUUAAACCACUUAAGGCAUAAGUAUUAUCUGUUACGGUAGGAAAUAACAUUUACACCUAAUUGUGAGGAUUUAUGAAUUAUAUUUUAUUUGAAUUCUCCAUGUGCUCUGACUUGGACCAAGAUGUGAAUGUUUAUCAUGAGGGAAAAUCAGAGGUUUUUGUACCCUGCCCCUGAGAUACAGGUUCCCAAAAAGCAACCUUUUUCAUAAAAAGUAAUAUGUAUAGAAAAGGCCAAUAAACCAUACUUGAGGAUAAUAUAUAUUUAAAACUAAACAAUAAUUUUAUUUAUAUUUACUUCAGUAAAUAAUAGAAUAGGAGUCCUUAAAUAUCUGUAACAAGUGAGGCUACCAUUGUACUUCAGUGCUACAUUCUGAUUCAAAUAACAGUAAAAUAUUUUACACAUGGUAAAAUUAAAGUUACCUGUUUUCUUCUUGACAUGAGGAUUUCUGACAAUGACCACCUUUAUAACUCAAAUUUCAGAGUAGCUGGAGAAGGCGGAAUGAAGCUUUUAAAUGUCCUCCAGGUCUAAAAUUAUUUCUCCCCGAUCCUUUUUAAGGUGUCCUCUUACCCCAACCCUAUUAUCAUUAGUCAAAUCACCAAAUUCUGUGCCUCUGCUAACAUUAGUCUUGAACCAGCUUCUAGGGAAGAACAGGCCUGAGGAUUUUCUUUCUGUCUUUUUCUGGAAAUGCUUAGUUUCUGCUUGAUGAUUGUUGGUGAUCUCAGAGAUUGGGAUUUUACUGUGCAAUGAGUCCUAAGCAUGAUUAACACCUUAACACUUAAUAAUGACUGUUAGAAUAAUGAUGUAUUCUUCCAUUGCUGUGUUCUGACCCCUGUGUAGAAAAUGCAAUUUACAACAGCUUGUCACAUUACUGUCAUAAUCCUAAUGAUGGCAGCAGGAUAAAAUCCACUAUAAUCUUGAUAUUAAACAUUUUGCAGAGCUGACCUGAAACCUAAUCAAGAGGAAGAGAAGUUCUAUUUGUGGGUGGGGGAGGGAUUUCGGGGUCACACUGGUUGACAAUACAGAAGCUGCGGAGAUAGCCUGGAAUAAAUUUUUCAUAAAACCAAUGUAAUCAGCGAUUGGUUCAAAUAACCAGUUGAGGACUAGUAUAUGCUGUCCUCCUACGCUUGUGGCUUUCCAUGCUAUUUACAAUCCAGAUGCAUGAGGUUGGGAAAGCAAUAACUUCAGGCCUUUGCCAACGCCCAUCUGAAAUUGACCGUUAUAAAACAUACAUAGGCAGGCUGGGGUAAUCGUCAAUUCCAGUUAUCCUCUUGUAUUGCUGCUGAAACAUCUGAGCUACUACGUUCUGCAUCUCUCCAUUGCGGCACAGUUGAGAUCAGACAUGGUUGAAAUAAGAAUGCAUUUAUUGGUAUAAUAUGUUGGCAUUCAAACAAGCUCUAUCACUAUAGCCCAAUAGCAGUUACUUCAUACUCAAUCUAUCAAUAUCAAUCUUUUUAUUUUCCUGAUUUUUUCAUCUGAAAGCAGUGGCUCAUAUUGGGAUAUGAUUUCACAGGUGUCAUCAGCCUUCCAGUGUCUCGUCCAAGUGCAAGUCAAGACAACAUCAGCAGGUAACUUGAUCAAUGGAAGCAUCACAGCUAAUUCUCCCCUUAACUGGUGAUCAUUCAAAUGUACUUUCCAGCAGCAACUAGUGAAUAGCAACCAGGACCAAUUUUUGUACUUCUGAACUCUGGGCAUUGAGGCCAGUUGGACCACUCUGAUUUCUACCACAGCUGAAGCCAGCUAAAUCAGCUCAAGCCCAGAAUGAAAUCUGGCACCUUGAUGGUCUAUCUUGUAUGAUAUAUUUACCUAUCAAACUAUUGUCAGGAGCCCUACCAACCUCAAUCAAUAUUACAUAACUGGCUGCUCUGUCAACAACAAUAUGAUCAUGUAUCAGUUCUGGUUUGUAAACCUGAAAUUGCUGAUGAUAUUUUCUUUACUUUUCCUUUUGAAUCUACCUCUGUCUCAAAAAUGCACAGGAAUAUUAAAUGCUAUGCUUCACUUUGCAGUGUUUGAAAAUGUCUGUUUUUACUUUUAAUUGGCAGCAUAUUACUUUUAAAACUGUAUUCUUGAGGCCUAUUGCAUCCCAGUGCAUAUAAACAGCCUGUAGGUGAUUAAGCAUGUUAUGCUCCAGUGCACAGUACUCCUGUGGGUGGUUAAGUGUAUAUUAUGCUCCAGUGCACAUUACAUUCAAGGUUAUAACAUGUCAAUUUUAAAAAGCUUGAAAGAUAUCUUUGUAUGUAUUACCUUUACUAAACAUUAAUGGUCAUAAAUGAAUCCCAGCAUUUACAAUUAAUAAGAAAGCUGAGAUAUAUAAAAAAGGAUGCUGUGCAUCUUUAAUUUACAAUGUUUCCAAAUACUGCACAGAUGAUGUAGUCUAAUCGAAUGGGAGAAGUCCAGCUUUGUUUUGACCAGCUUUGUGUUAUUUAAAAAUGGAGUUUUGGAAUAAAAUGUGAAUUGUUGUGAAA